ACCUUGCUUAUUGUUUCCUCCAGGUUGCAUUCCUUUCGAAUUCAUCCCUCCCAAAUGGAGAUAAUUAAGAGGGACCCAGCUAAAAAGGAUUGGUGGACUGAUUCUGCUCCUUCAGGCCCAUUUAUUUACACACCUUUCAGCAAGGGUGGUACAACUGACAGUAAUAAGCAGGAGUUAACAUGGAUUGUUGGGGAACCGGUUCAAGUUCUUGUGGAAUUGGCUAAUCCCUGUGCCUUUGAGUUAAUGGUUGAGAGCAUCUAUCUUUGCAUUCAUUCUGGGAACUUUGAUGCUUUUCCUGUAAGUGUAAAUCUUCCACCAAACACGGCCAAGGUUAUUUUGUUGUCAGGAAUUCCAACAAAGAUAGGUCCUGUUACAAUUCCUGGAUGCAUUGUGCAUUGUUUUGGCGUUAUCACAGAGCAUCUUUUCAGAGAUGUUGAUAAUUUGCUUCUUGGAGCAGCACAAGGCCUUGUUCUUUCUGAUCCUUUCAGAUGCUGUGGAUCUGUAAAAUUGAAAAAUGUUACUGUCCCAACUAUUUCAGUGGUACCACCCUUGCCACUACUGGUUUCUUAUGUGGUAGGGGGCGAUGGUACAACAAUUUUGUAUGAAGGUGAAAUUCGUGAUAUUCGGAUUCGACUAACAAAUGCUGGAACAGUGCCAAUUGAACAAGCACAUAUAUCAUUGUCAGGGAAAAAUCAAAAUUCUGUUAUGUCUAUUGCGCAUGAAACUUUAAAUUCAGCCCUACCUUUGAAACCUGGUGCAGAGGUGAUCCUCACAGUGAUUAUAAAAGCAUGGAAGCUUAGCUUGGCAGAUCCUGAUCAUGAUCCUAGCAAGAGCACUUCUGGAAUUAUGAGGGGUGUAUCAAAGGAAGGAAGCAAUCCUUUCUUAGUUAUCCACUAUGCUGGGCCGAUGUCAAAUACAGAUGACUUGAAUUCCAGUGAAGCUUCUGUAUCACCAGGAAGGCGCUUGGUUGUUCCAUUGCAUAUUUGUGUUGUACAAGGAUUGCGUUUUGUAAAGGCUCGCUUACUUUCAAUGGAAAUUCCUGCACGUAUCAGUGAAACCCCUCCACAGCCAGUUUCCCUUAAUGAUAAUAGUUCUGAAGAGAUCACUGUAUUUAGUAGAAUUGAUAGCUUGGUUAAGAUUGAUCCAUACAGGGGAAGUUGGGAGCUGCGGCUUCUCGAGCUCGAGUUAUCAAAUCCGACCGAUGUCGUGUUUGAUGUUAAUGUUUCUAUCCAACUAGACAUUUCCAUGAAUGAUAACAAUCUCGCAGCUGUCGAUCAUGACACUGCUGAAUUUGGGUGCCCAAAGACUAGAAUUGACCACGACUGCUCCGCGCGCGUUUUGAUACCACUCGAACACUUUAAAUUGCCCAUUCUGGACAAUUCCUUGUUUGCAAAGAAUCUGAAUCUUCUGGCUAAUGAUGCUCUUAUAAGUAAAUCUCCAAGUUCUACAGAGAGGAAUUCCAAGGCUGAAUUAGCUGCUUCUAUUUCCAACUUGGUUUCAAAAAUAAAAGUUAGAUGGCAAUCUGGGCGGAAUAGUUCUGGGGAGUUGAACAUUAAGGAUGCUGUUCAAGCAGCUUUGCAGAUGUCAGUAAUGGAUAUUUUACUUCCAGAUCCUUUAACAUUUGUAUUCAGGUUAAUGAAUAGAAGAUCCAGAACAGAUAAUAUUGAUGAUGCAACAAAAGUGAACGGUGAUGCGAUAAAAGUAAUGUACCGGAGUUCUAUCUCAGCUCAUGAGAUGAUUGACUUAGAAGUUCUAAUUCGCAAUAACACAAGGGAGUUAAUCCGAAUGAGCCUCAGUUUAACUUGCAGAGAUGUGGCUGGGGAUAAUUGCAUUGACGGGAAUAAUGCCACCGUUCUAUGGGCUGGUAUUCUAACUGGAAUAAGCUUGGAGAUCCCUCCCCUUGAGGAGGUGGCGCAUCCUUUUUCACUCUAUUUUCUGGUGCCAGGAGAGUACACUCUGCUGGCUGCCGCUGUAAUAGAUGAUCCAAACGAUGUGCUUCGUGCUCGAGCAAGAACUGAUUCAGCAGAUGACCCUAUUUUCUGCCGUGGCUCCCCUUUCAGAAUCAGUGUCACCGGAACUGCUUAAGGUAUUCUUGCACUUAUAUAUACUGCCUCUGCUUGCUAUUGUAAAUGAAUAUUGUGAUAAUAACUCUUUGGUUCCUUUUUUUUUUUAAUUUUUAAUUUUCGGUGUUAGCUCUUGUUA